AUGACGGGACGCGGGAGAGGUCGUCCUGGCACGCGGCAACAGCAACCGGCCGAGGGAACGACGGUUGCUGUUCGGCGGGCCACGCGUCUUCAGCAGCAAUCUCCGCCACCUCCUCAAGGGGAGCAGGCAGAGCAGCAGCAGCUUCAGCAACAGCAACAGCAGGUCCAGGAUGCUCAGAUUGAUCCAGCUAUCACUGGUACUCAGGAAUCAGAGAUGCCUCCUCCUCCGGUCCCAGCCCCGAAAGGCCAAAGCAAGGAUUCUGAGCAGGCUUUUGUUGAAGUUGCUCGUCGAAGCACGCGCCGUGAUGCCCGUGCUGGGAGCAUGGUGAGCGUUAAUAGCGUUCUUACACGUGUCUCUGGGACGGACGCCUUCUCCUCUCAACCAGAAACCCCAAGUCUCGCCCUUCGUAGAGGCACUUCAACAUCACUCACUGGUGCCCCGCCUCGUGGGGUAUCCAUUCACACAGCUUCCGAGUUGGGCAGAACUCCGGAAAAGAGGGGAAAGGAGAGGCUCUUGAUGAGCCGUAUGUUGCCACUUCUCUUCGCUUCGGCGGACAAACUGUUCGCUUUCCUGUCCACAAUAGACGCUCAACAGAGAGACCCUGAUGAGCAGGCAGCUUUGGAAGAAGAGUUCGAAAUGUACCGCUUACGUUAUAUCUCUAACAACAGCGAACCUAGCAUCAACCUCAAGCACGUUCUGUCGACCAUGGAAGUCGACCCUAACUCACCGGCCGGCUCUGACGCCUGCAAGACUGUGACGCUCGCCAACCUUGCUACUAUGUUCGAUCGAAUUGAUGCGAUCCAGCAGGGUAAUGCCGAGGACGACUUGGCCGACUUGCAGGUCUGCGAUGACAUAAUUGCCCAGUCUCUGGUAGUGGAUGGAGUUGAGAACUCGGCGGUCCUUAAGCCAGAAGACAUCAUGACUCAAGUUGUGGAAAUCCGGACACUUUUGUUCAUGCUCACCCUCCAGAAUUUCGAGGCGCAGAACCAGCUUCCCGUAAGCCGAUCGGAAAUAUUGGCGGAUACGUUCUGUCAAGAGAUCCCAAGUGUGGAAGCAGUGGAGGACUUCAAACAAGGCAACAAGGAUGCUUUGCCGCUGAAAUCUGUUCCGGGCAUUGACCCCAACGGCGACCCUUGGCACAAGGAAGAGUAUAUCACACGGCUGCGGUCGAUCUGCGAAUACCUGCCCAAUGAAUCCAUCGACGACACCGCUCUUCAUGCUUGCUUGGAGCAACUCAGGGAGUUGUAUGACCCCCACAGGUCUCUACGGGUUAUUAGGGAUAGCCUGGAGGCCUGUUUCCAGGAAAUCAAACGACAACUACAACCUGUGCCCCCGGGGCCGUCCUACCCAGUUACACAGUAUGGCGCGCCAGAUCCAUCGGCAGUGGAAUCACAAAUUCAGUCUCAGUUGGAGAGCGAAGCACUGGCAGAUACUGGGCAAAGACAGCUGGAUUAUAUGGCUACUCUUCGUACCAUGAAGAUCGAUCGGGAAGCGGAGAGCGAUGCUUCGCAACCACAAGAUGGAAGUUUUUCGACAACCCAGGAUACACUCGGACGAGGCCACGAACUCCAAUCGAGCAGUUACCCCCCAAUUGGGCGCGCCCCAUAUCCCCCUAGCUUCGACGCUCAACAAUCGCCACCUUUGGCGUACCCUGGUCAUCCGGGUGCCUUUCAAAACGGCACUAUUUACGCACAAUCUGCCGCCCAGCUAGGCCGUCCUAAGAGAGCUUCUCCGGGCGAUAAUGAUGGUGUAGUCGAUGGAGCAGAUGCGGGCAAACCACCAGCCAAAAAGCCAAGGACCCGUCGUAAGAAGCCGACUGUCCCCAUUCCUGCCGCAGAGGGUGCAAUGGGGGAUGUUGGGACGCCGUCUUCAUCCGCCGCUACUGCCGCUGCCGCUGUCGCCGCUGUGGCUCGGUAUCCACCGUUCACCGACACACAGGUCGAACUCGACUUGGAGAACUUGUCGCAACGCACGAGGGAGCUCUCGGCAGCUAACCGGAAAGCCAGAGAACCACAGUCUCGGUCGCCCUGGGUUCGCGACGACAUCAAGACGUUGGUCAGGGCGGUAGAUGCGUACAAGUGCAAAUGGAGCGUCAUCGAGAAGGACAUAAAAAGUGGCAAGAUUCAUUUUGUGCGCCCUCGUGACCAGCAGGCUUUGCGAGACAAAGCUCGGUUGCUAAAGCAGGACUUCCUAAAGGUUGAUGCUAUUUUGCCUCGGUCGUUUGAUCUUGUUGUGCUGGGUCAGAAAGAGAAAAAUGCCGUGAUUGCAUGCGGCAAGAAUCCCGACCGCAAGGAAGCCGAUGUACGGAACGGAAUCCCCAUCAACACUGAAUAUCAAAAGCCAAUGCAAGAGCAAGCAGACGCCGCAGAAGCGGAGGACCAAGCGCAGGUACAAGGCGAGGAACAACCGGAGAUGCAACUCGAAGCACAGGCGGAGGUACAGACUGAGGCGCAACCCGAGGUUUCGGCAAUGGUUCCAGCUGAGGUGCCUGUUGACGCAGAAGCGAUCGAAGCUGCUUCCACAUCAUAG